GGACCGGACCGGGCGACGGCGGGGGGACUAGGGGGAGCUGCUGCACCUGAUACACCGGGGCGGGAGCGCGGCGAGGGAGGAGGAGGAGGAGGAGGAGGAGGAGGAGGAGGGAGCGGCGCUGCCCGCCGCCUGCGAAAGCCUCUCCCCGCCGUUAGUCAGCGCUGGUCUCGCUGCUUCUCCCUCCUCCCGCCCCUUCUGCGCGGAGCUGGGCUCUCGCUCCUGUUCCCCUCGGGGCCGGCGGCAGCGCGUCGUCCUUCUCCUCCUCCUUCCUCCCCCCCGGGCCCCAUGGCUUCGGCCGGCAGCGGCAUGGAGGAGGUGCGCGUCUCGGUGCUGACCCCGCUGAAGCUGGUGGGGCUGGUGUGCAUCUUCCUGGCGUUGUGCCUGGACCUGGGAGCCGUGCUGAGCCCCGCCUGGGUGACGGCGGACCACCAGUACUACCUGUCCCUCUGGGAGUCCUGCCGCAAGCCCGGCAACUUGGACAGCUGGCUCUGCGAGUCGACGCUGCACAGCGACUGGCAGAUAGCUACUCUUGCUUUGCUGUUGGGUGGUGCUGCCAUUAUUCUCAUAGCUUUCCUGGUUGGGUUGAUCUCUAUCUGCGUGGGAUCUCGGAGGCGGUUCUACAGACCGGUUGCAGUCAUGCUCUUUGCUGCAGUUGUUCUUCAGGUGUGCAGCUUAGUCCUUUACCCAAUCAAGUUCAUCGAAACGGUCAGCUUGAAAAUAUACCAUGAGUUCAACUGGGGCUAUGGCCUGGCUUGGGGUGCAACUAUAUUUUCAUUUGGGGGUGCCAUUCUUUAUUGCCUGAACCCUAAGAACUAUGAAGACUAUUACUAGAAUCAUUUAAUGAAAAGAAAAAUAACAAAAGGAUUACCCCAUCUUUUCUAACUCACAGUUUUUUUAGAACACUUGUGGAGCACCAAACAGUCUGCUCUGUUGAUAAAAUAGCCUUUGCCUUUUGGGUGUGAACACUAUAACCAGCUUUUACAACCAUUUAAAAGAACUGCAAACACUAGGAUUGCUGAUCUUACAUAGGCAGAUGCUGCAAGCUGCUGAUACAUAAGCUUCAUUUUUCCUGACAACAAGCAAAAGGAUCUACGUGACAACGAUCAUUGUGAGAAAACCAGUUGGAAUGAGAAUGCAAUGCCAGCAUCUGCUAUUGCCUUCAGGGGAGCAGCUGGUAUAGGCUCCAUUUAGAAGUUUCCCUGUAUCAUAGAGGAUUCAGAUGUCUGAUAAGCAGGCAAUGGCAUCUUGUACAAUAGGCUGUGUUGGCCCCUUGUUACGUGCUCAAAAAAGCUCUUAAGGAAUUAGUUGCAAGUGACUGUGUUGAGGGCAGUGAAUGUAACUGGUUAAUGACUUGUCUAAUAUCUGCAUUCAGCAGUCUUCUGGGAGAAUAAUAAUAAAUAAAAA